AUGGAAAAGAAGGCGCGUGAGUACGCGCAGGGAGCCGUGAAGUUCAUAAAAAAGAGCGGAAGCAACUUCCUGGCCUGCAAAAACCUACGCGAGAAGCUAGAGGAAAAGGGAUUCAAGAGAAUCCAAGAGGGAGAAAAAUGGGACCUACGAAAAAAUGAAGGCUACGUAUUCAGUAAGCAGAGCCGAAACAUAUGUGGCUUCUUCAUUGGGAAGGAUUUUAACAUUGAAAAAGGCUCCAUUCUCAUCUCGAUUGGUCAUAUCGACUCCUGCUGUUUGAAGAUAUCUCCAAACAACAACACUGUUAAGAGUAAGUUAAAUCAAUUAAACGUGGAGUGCUACGGAUCCGGAUUAUGGCACACAUGGUUCGAUCGAAGCUUAGGCUUGUCUGGUCAGGUAGUAUACAAGAAAGACGACAAACUCGUGGAGAAACUGAUCCAGAUUAACAGAUCUGUCUUGUUCCUUCCCAGCCUUGCCAUCCACCUGCAGAGCAGGACCAGGUUUGAAUUUUCAGUCAAGGUAAAUUACGAAAGUCAUUUGAAGCCGAUUCUGUCCACCGUCCUGUAUGAUCAGUUAGUGAAGGGGGAGCAGAAGCGGGGCGGGAAUUUCCCUAUGGAAGACGCUGUUGACGCGCAGAAAGUACCGGAGAAGCGUCUCCACACAGAUGAUGCCUCCCCCAGCUGCCACUCCCACCAGGAAAACCCUAACUCGUCCCCACUCCUCUACACACUGGCUAAAGAAUUGCAGUGCCAGGAGAAAGACAUCCUCGAUUUCGAGUUAUGCUUAAUGGAUGUAAAUCAGCCCUGCUUCACCGGGGCGUACGAAGAGUUCAUCGAAGGGGCGAGAUUUGAUAAUCUCUUAGGUUCCUAUUGCGUCUUUGAGGCGUUCGCGGAGAUGAUAGACAUUCUAAAGGGGUCAGCAGCCCCAGCAAUAGCCUCUGUUUCUUCUCCCUCCUCAGCAAUCCUCCCCCCUGGGGCACACGAAAACCUGUACAUCUGCAUCGGUUACGAUCACGAAGAAAUAGGCUCUCUCAGCGAAGUCGGCGCGCAGUCCUACUUUACGCAAAAUUUUAUCAAACGAAUUCUAACUGCCAUCUGCUCAUCCCAGGUAGGAGAGACCACCCCCCCCUGUUCUCCUCCCUCUAUUGACGAGCUGUAUGGGAGUCUCAUGAACAGGUCACUCCUUCUUAAUGUCGACAUGGCACACUGUAGUCACCCCAAUUAUCCAGAAACGGUGCAGACAGACCACCAGUUAUUUUUUCACGAAGGAAUUGCCAUCAAAUAUAAUACCAAUAAAAACUACGUCACCUCGCCUUACUACACCUGCUUACUAAAGAGGACCUUCGAAUUGUUUGCUUCCAACUACAAUGAGAAAAUAAAAUACCAGAACUUUAUGGUGAAGAAUGAUACCCCCUGUGGUAGUACCGUUGGUUCUAUGGUUGCUUCGAACCUUUCCAUGCCGGGUAUUGACAUUGGCAUUCCUCAGCUAGCCAUGCAUUCGAUAAGGGAGAUAGCCGCUGUGCGGGAUGUGUACUACUUGGUGAAGGGCAUCUUAGCCUUCUACAGCUACUACAGUCACGUGCACGCCUCCUGCGUCCCCGAUGGGUAG